AUGGAGGAAACAUCUCUGCUGCGGCUGAUUUUUCUGAUCUCACUGCUGAGCUGCCCAACAAACCAAGCCUCUCUGACUAUGAGUCCCAGCAGCUCUCAGAUGUUUAGAGGAGAGUCUGUCUCUCUGAGCUGUGAGGAGGACGACAGCUCUGCUGGAUGGACUCUGAGGAGGAACACAGACAAAGAAACCAGAGCUGAGUGUGGGGUUGAAUGGGGGGAAACUGUUGGUUUUUCAUGUGAAAUCAGCUACAUCCUCCCAUGGGACAGUGGAGUUUACUGGUGUGAGUCCAGAGAGGGAGCAACCAGUAACAGCAUCAACAUCACUGUUCCUGGUGGACCAGUGAUCCUGCAGAGUCCUGUCCUCCCUGUGAUGGAGGGAGAAGACCUCACUCUGACCUGUAAAACAAAGAAGCCCUCCAACUCCCCACCUGGUUUUUAUAAAGAUGGCUCCUUCAUCAGGACUGAGCCUGCAGGUCACAUGACCAUCCACCAUGUUUCCAGGUCUGAUGAAGGCCUCUACAAGUGUUUCAUCAGCAAUGUUGGAGAGUCUCCACCCAGCUGGGUCUCUGUCACAGAGAAACCAAAGACUGCAAGCCCACCUCCAAGCUCUCUGCCGCACCCUGACACAACAGCUCCGCCCCCCGACACAACAACAGCUCCGCCUCCUGACACAUCCUCAGACCGCCUCCACCUUCUGUUCAGACUAGUCGUCCACCUGGUGGUGUUCUGUCCGUACUGCAUCUCCACUUACAUCAUGGUGUCUCUAUAUAGAGACAGGACCACAGGAAAUGACCUGUCUGUCUCCAUGGUGACGACACCGCCCACCCAGGCUGAUGAGGGAUUGGAAGAUGAUGAUGUCAUCACUGCUGUCACCACGGUACACCACUUCUGAACUGAUUUGAAAAGAAGCUCAAGUGUUUUGAGUCCUCAUAGAUCAGAAAAAGGGCGGAACUGAAAGGUUUUGUCUCAUUGCAAAUCUUUGGUCUGAACUGGACUUAAGUAGCAGAUAGUUGAUCAGGUUC